CUUUGAAGUUUGCCACUAUUCUUCCGAUCCACUAAAGCUUGCCACAAGAAGCUUUCAAAGAACUGAAACAAAAGCUACUGAAAAACUAAAUUGAAGACAUUUUCCUCUCAGCACAAUACUAACAAAAUAAUUAUUAAGUGGGAAGUCAUAAAUAUUAACAUUGUUAUCUUUUAUUUCCACAUGAACAUGCUUUCUUUAGAUACUUUGAUAACUCAAGCUCUCGUUUUUCACCAAUUAGCUGCUUCCAUUUCGUAAUAUUUUUUUAAUUUUAAUCAAAUGUUCAAUUUUGUUGAAAGCCUCAUGCAGGAAACACCCCAGGGAAGGUGUCCGCCAGCUAAGAGACUACACAACCAAUCAUUAAUUAUUUGCAAAAUCAAUAAUUCAGUUCGUUCUUUGUUUACAAUUUAUUAAUAUAUUGUGAUUCAGGUUUUUGCAUCGACUAAACUGCAAAUGAAAAUAUAUGAUUGCACGAACGCAAAUGAAAUAUGUCUCUGUUUUGCAGAACGAUAAGAUAAGGUUGGGCGACAGGAAAAUCCGUCAUUCCACAAAUACCUUUUUUAUUGGAUACGGUAAACUCGAAUUCGAAAGAGUCACUGUCGCCGGAGGAAAUUAAGGUUGCUCAUUCACUUUUGGUUUCUACUCACUUGCAAGCUGACGGAAAAUGAGGACUAUAAUAGACUGAUUUUGGAACCAUUGCAAGUUGGGUCUUUCUUCUCAGCAGUAAUGAAGUGAUUCACUCAUCUGGAAAAAUGACGACCAAACUAAAGUUUCAGCACACCAGACAAUGCUGCAGGUUUUUUCUCCUUCUGUUUGGUUUGGUUCUCUACACGUGUGUUUGUGCUCUCAUUUUUAAGUCACUUGAGGAAGAAAACGAUCGAAUGCAUUAUGGUUUUUAUCAAGGACUGAAGAGUGACUACAAACGAAAGUACAAUAUGAGCGAGGAGGACUUUGUACAAUUCGUCUCCGACGCCAGCGUUUUGUUCAAGCGCGGCUACGUUGGCAGUUACAAGGACUACUGGAAUUUUUAUCACUCGUUUUGGUUCACAACAACAGUGGUUACAACUAUGGGUUUUGGACAAAUCGUUCCUCUGACGUUUGGCGGUCGGCUUUUCUGCAUAUUCUGUGCUCUCCUUGGAAUUCCAUUAAACCUAGUCGUGCUCAAAACAGUUGGUGAACGAAUCACACGAUACAUAUACAACACCAUCAAACACAUCGAGAAGACGUCCCUCGGACGAAAGCACCCCUCUCAUGUGGGGAUCAAAGCAGCAGCCGUGUCAUUCAUGAUGAUGGCGCUUGUUAUUCUAGUGGGAGGAGCUGCAGAUAUGAUAUUUGACGGGUGGACAUUCUUCGACGGGGUUUAUUUUAGUUUCAUUGCGUACAGCACCAUUGGUUUUGGUGAUCUGUUUCCGCGAGUGGAAAAAUCCUCGAAACUCGACAAACUCGGUCUGGGUGAGAGCGGCAAGCGUUUGUUCGCCACGUUUAUCAUGCUGACCUUUAUGAUCGUGGGUUUGUCCAUGACGUCGUCUGUUAUCUGCUCCAUAUUGAACGCCAUCGAAGAAAUGUCGCAAGUGCCUGCCACUUGGAGAAGUCGGUCAUCUAUCUUCAGCAAAGACAACUCGGUCAAUCUGAAAAGUAUCAAGAAAGAAACAAAAGAUGGACAACGACAAGAAUCUAUACAGUAACAGAAUGGCUAACAGAAUAAAAAGCACUGUGAAAACCGACCCAAGACGUACAUCCGGGAAUUUCUGUACGUCAUCAACUCGGAUUAGCGGGUGCUGCGAAAACUGCCAUUCUGAACGAGUCUCCUUUUGGCGGGACUUUUAUAUGCGACUUUUUACGGGCAAAUCGAAUAGCGGAAUACGAGAAUGCGACUUCUUUGUUGUGGGGAUACCCGGAAGCAAGAUUUGAUGAGAAAAACACUUAAUGCUGGUUUAUAUACACUAGCGACAGAGUCGGAGUCGUAAGAGCGCGCUUAUGACCAAGUAAAACUCGAAAAUCUGGGUUAUAAGCGGAGUCAUAAGCUCGGCGGAAUCGGAGUCGGAGAAUCAGAACGUUUCCAUAUCGUCCGAUUCCGUUUACGACUCCGUCACUUAUGAUCCAGUGAAAACUAGACUGUCGGAGUCGGAAGUACAAACCAAUCACGAUGCCUAGAAUCGAGCAUUGUGAGUGGUUUGUUCUUUCGCUUCUACUUUCGACUCCGACAAUUUAGUUUCACGAGAACGCAAGCGAGAGUCAUAAGUAGAAUCGGUGUUCUACUUCCGACCCCGUCGGUUUGAUUUUCACUAGAUCGUAUCUCUCUGCGCUUCUGAUCACGACUUCGACUUCGACUCCGUCGCUAGCGAAAACCAGCCCUCAAGGACACAGAGGUCGAGAAAAAUUCUGUUCCACAAACGUUCGCCUGCUAAAC